AUGGUUCAUUCCCUGCGUCCAGGUGCCCAGACAGGUGGCCACACAAACAACCCCUCAGUGUGGGCGCAGGAGGCCCGUGACACCCGAGUUUGGCACCCGGAUCCCUCGGUGACCAACAGCAUUAACAAGCUCACGUGGUCCCUCACCAGCAAGCAGAGGGCAUCAAAUCAGCUGCAGUCCGAUGACUCCAGUGACAGCGAUGCCAAAGCCAAGAAGAGGCGGCACACCAAAAAGAAGCAGAAAGACAAAAAGAAGAAGAAGAAAAGGAUAAAAAAGAAGCAGAAGAAGGAGCCCAAGGAGAGGGCUCGGGAGGAGCGAGCCGAGCCGGAGGCGCUGCCAGGCCCCUCACUGGAGCAGUGGCAGAAGGAGGCGCUGGGGGACUCCGGGCCAGUUUUGACAGACGAGCAGAAGUCCCGAAUCAAGGCCAUGAAGCCCAUGACGAAGGAAGAGUGGGACGCGAGGCAGAGCGUCAUACGGAGAGUUGUGGAUCCCGAAACAGGCAGAACCAGGCUCAUUAAGGGAGACGGAGAAGUGCUGGAAGAAAUCGUCAGCAAGGAGCGGCACAAGGAGAUCAACAAGGGUGGACGAUCCCGAGCCCUGGAAGCCACGUGCGGGACGGGCAGCGGGCCCAGCACCGGGAUCCGGGAGCUCUCCGGGAAGCGCCGGCUCUCGGCUCCCGCCCCAGCCCGGCCCUGA